UCCAUUUUUGUUUUGGUGGCAUACUUUACGUCUUCAGUUCAAUUCAAAAGCCAUCAGCAGUCAUUCCAAAGACAGCUAUUUAUAUUCUAGUUACUUAUAAUUAAACCGUAUUCUAUAUAUAUAGUGGAGAAGCAUGUUUUUGUAUUAUUUGAACUGAAUUCACAAUGAAAUCUAGAAGUUCGGUUCGAAAUUGUACCAAACGGAAGGCUGUGACGACGGAUGACGGGGUUCCCCUAAAACGGCAGCGAGAGGUUGAUCAGGAAGGAUCCGUCCAAUAUGUGCACCGCCUGCUCCGGGACGUCCAGAACGAUGCUGGCCAUCCAAUUUCGUCGGCAAUGUCAACCUACGGCCACAGCAGCAUCCUCCAGCUGCCCUUUCAACCGGGCAUUCUCACGCAGGACACUAUCCACCGGCAUUACGAAUCCCUGCCAUGGAAUACCACGUAUCCUGUUCCGGUGGUAGUGCAUUGCUCAACUACUGGAAAUUCCGAUAGGAAGAAAGCUGUCGAACCCAUGCUGAGCUUGGUGAAGGCCAAAAAGAAGCACCUGACCACUUUAGCCUACAUGAAGCUGCUAUACGCGAGGAAAAAAACGAUUUACCGGAAAGCGUGCAAAGCUUUUGCAGGGAGGCUGUAUCCCAACAUGGUGUACAAGGUGGCGGAAGAGAUGGAACGCGAUCCGGACAGGUGGUUCCGGGAAACUUACGGGUAUGAUUAUUAUUUUACUGGGGGAAGUCUGGCGGUUGUGGAUAGGGAACAAGCAAGAUGCAUUAUUAACUUAGUUGGACAGGAGAUGAACGUGAUUGAAGUAGUUCGGUUUGAGUUAGAUGGAAAUUGCGCCAAAAUUGACUCCAGCAAUCUGAAACGAAUCGAACUGGAUGAAGAAGAUGGACCAGUUUUUGAGAUUUGCUGCUUGGACGUGGACAACGAAAGUUGUGAUACAGCUUUCAAUGGUCUUAGAAUUGCCCUCAGGAGGAAACGAAAGAUUGAAUUGCUCUGUGGUGAUGGCGAAAUCGAUUGCUCAAAUAUGGAAACGCUUUCAUCGGACAUUCCCUUCAUUAGUUGCUGCUUUCUCCGGGGGAGCAGCAGUAAUUCGCUGAUCUGCACUUCAGAUUUGGGUAAAUGUCUCAAAAUUUGGGACUAUGACAAAAGAGAGAUUGUUCAUGAACUCCAGCUUAACAAAAGAGGCGAAACAGACGAUUGCUGGACCUGUGUGCGGUCUUUCGGAAAGAAUCACAUAAUUUGUUUGGACAGGUCGUCGGUUAAACUAUUCAAAACGAAAGCCAACCUUACGUUAGUUCAUGGAACUACCCUUUCUACGUGGUUGUGGGCAUGCGAAAAGGCUUCCUGUCUAGAAAUUGAUGCCGAAAACAAACUCCUAUUUGUUGGAACCACUCAUAAAUUGCUCGUUCUCAAGCAAGUCGAACAGGAAGCAAAACCACCCGAGUUCCAGCAGAUUAUGACCUUCACCCACAAUUUGAAAUAUUUUCCGACGAUGAUCCGUUUUGCCUCGAACUCGAACCAGAACUUUUUCGUGUGGAUCUCCUCUCAUCUUCCAGGCGAUACGACAAUCUGUAACUUUUCAAAAGUCCCCCCAAAACGCUAUGCCACUGUUAAUCUACCGAGGAAACCUUGGACCAUUCAGGAGGCCUUCCAUCUGGCGCGCCGCAAAGGGAAAUGCAUUUUCCCAGCUGCCAAUCUCAAACAACGUGUUCAACUAUUUCACUCCGGUUUAGCAAUUCUAGUCGACCGCGAACGCUUCCAUCUAUUUCUGCAAAACUCAUGCGGAGACGUAUUCUACCAGCAAGUCAUCCCCGCUUCCGACUCCACAAACUCCGAAGAAAUCCCAGCGAUUUAUCAUUCGCUUAUGCUUAAACUCAACCACAAAAGCUCCUUCGUCCCCAAAGCGACAGAUUUUAAAAACCUUCGAGGAUUCAAGAAGAUCCUGACCUGCACGAAACUCAACCCGCCAAUCGGUCCGGAACCACUGGACACUCCAUUCCACAGACGGCCCCGUUGGAAGCAGACGGUGGAAGAGCUCCAUCAGUACAAGGAUAUCCUCGCGCAGGAUAUGCUCCAGAUCUGGGGUUUCCGGCCGGAUGUUACUCGGGAAGCGGAGCGCCGACGUCUUUCGACCGAAGAACCGAUGGACGUUACGGAUCGUAUUUCCCACUGGUUGGACACCACGGCCGCAGAUGAAGUUACAUUCGUCAGGAAUCAGAAUCUCACCGCGCUUCCGGUGGAGAGUGAGGUCAUUCCGAUCGAAAGUGAUAACGAGGAGGUUCUGCACAGCGUGGUGGAAGUAGGGGAAGACAUUAAACCGUUACCGGAUGAGGAGGCACCGGAGCUGGACGUGGUGUUUGUGAGGACGGCGAUUAUGUCCGAAGCGUUGGCAAGCUCAGUUCGGAAGUCUGCUGUGAAGCCAGCUAGGAAAAAAUAUGUAAAAGGGUUUUAGGAAAAACGCAGGGCAAUUGCAUUUUCGUUAUAAUGUUGUAUUGAAGUGUGAUUUACAGCCAUAAAUCAGCUCGUCUGUUUGAUAUUGAAUUUGCUGAAGGAAUAAAUAAAUUGUUUCAAACUUUUUCAAA